AUGGUCAAUCGUAAAAAGAGCGAGAAGACCCUCUUCGUCCCGGUCGUCGGCGAGGCUGUGAAUGACACCCUCCUGGUGGUGGUGAAGUCCGAGGGAAAGUGCAGCGCCGGCAAGUACCUGAUCUACACGCGGCGCGACCGCUGCAAGCCCAUGAACCACCACCUCUGGAGGUUCCUCAGUGCCCUGGGAGAAGCCCAGUACCUGAACCGCGCCCUCGUCAUGGAUCUCAGCAUCUGUCUCAAUUCGACGUACACCUCCAUGGAUCAAGACGAGGAGGGCAAGGACUUCCUGUUCUGCGUCGAUUUCGAGCACUUGAGGGACUCGGCGUCUGUCGUCGACGAGCGACAGUUCUGGAAAGUCACUCCCAAGAUGCUGGCCGAGGUGAAGGAUGCCCACAUCACCGGAACUACCGGUACCAGGUGUUGGUAUACGGAGACCCAGAGCCUCAACAAUGGGAUUCCAGUGGUGUUUGAUGGCUACAUGAGGGUGGAGGUUGACACUGAAGUGCUCCUGAGGGGCAAGAUGCAGAUCGAGACCGUCAAUGAUCUCACGAAUUGUUGCAAAGAUGGGAUUAACACCUGUCACAUGGAUUCCUGAACAAUUAAUUGAUGGAUUCAUUUGGUUUGCAGAAAUUUGAAGUUUUUUCCCCAUGAUAACCGCAUUAGGUUUCUGCAUUGUACCUUAUAUUUGUUGAGGAUUCCUAUUGCCUUGUAAAAAAUUUUAGUUUUUGGUAGAUAGGGGCUGCUUUGGUGGCAGGCUGAUUAAUUUGUUGCCUAGCAAGCUUCCUGUUUUCUUCUGAAUUUUGAAUUGAUUGUAUUUGUUGAGAUCUUGAAUACAAUGUCCUUUUUGUUA